CGCCGAGUGUUUUGCAUUGCUCCAUCUCUCUCUCACUACCACCUCUCGCGCCAUGACCACGCUCCACGCAGCCCGCCCCGUCGGCCGCUCGUCCAUCGCAUGCCUCUACUGCCGGCGUCACAAAGUACGCUGCGACGGCGAGUUUCCAUGCAAGCGCUGCACGCGCAAGAGUCUCGCAUGCGAGUUUGCAGCCACGGCCAGGUGGAGGCGGAGUAGCAGCCGCAACUCCGCGUCCCCGCCGCCCGCGUCCAUCUCGCCACCGACGCCCGUGUCGCCGCCGUCGUCGAGCGCAAGCUACUCGUUGUCCGAGCUGCUCGCGCGGCCAGUACACGACCCGGUCAGCGCGGGCAUCCUGCCAGAAUCCGACGCGCGCGGGCUCUUCGACUUCUUCGUGACUCAUUGCGGCGCGCACCUGGGCCCUCUGGGCCUGCGCUUCGACGGCGUGCGCGAGUCGUCGCCAUUGCUGCUGUGCGCGUCGCUUGCAGCGGCGUACGUCAACGUGCCGCCCGAGCUCGGCGUAUGCGAGGGGUCGUCAGCACAGCCGUCGACCGAGGUGGCUGACGCACUCGCGGCCCUCGCGUACGCGCACAUCCAGGCCAGCGUGCUCGCGCCACGGUGUAGCGGGGAGGACGCGCUCGGCGUGCUUGUUGCCGCACUGUGGGGGAUUAGCAGGAGCGAGGACCCGCGCGCGUUCACGCUCGUGCGGCACGCGAGCGCGCUCGUCGCGCGGUCGUACGGCGCGCCGGGGGGACCUGAGCCAGUCGGCUCGGCGACAUGGGUCGCCGCGCACAUUUGCGAGCUGUACGACGGGCUGAUAUGCCUCGGCUACGGCCUUCCGUUCGGCAGCUCGCCGCGCGAGCCAGAACGCGCCGGCCUCGGCGAGAUGGCCGCGAACCCCUCCCUCGCGCCACUUGCGGCGCAGGCCGAGCUCGUGCCGCUUAUCCGCACAAUCACAGACUGGGCCGCGAGCGGCGACCUGGAGACCCUGUCCGACAUGGUGCUCUCCGCCAACGACGGUCUCGACGACUGGUUCUUCAAGUGGACGUCCGGGCCGAGCGAGUACGCGCAAGUGCUAGCCGCGCACUCGCACACGCUGGUGCUCGCACAGCACCUCCGGCUGAGCGUCAACAUGCUGCCGCUACAAGCCGGCAUCGAGGGGCAGGCGCGCGCGCGGCGCAACGCGCUCGCCGCCGCCGCCGGCAUCAUCGACGCGUACGCCGAGAUCGACACGGCGAAGCGCACGGCUCCAAGUAUGGGCGGCACGAUCCUCGCCCACGCCACCAUGUGUCUCUUGCCUCCUGCGGAUGCGGGCCGCCUGCCCGAGUCGGACGCGACGAGGCGGUACUACGAGACGGGGCUCGCGGUGCUGCAGGAGGGCGCCCUCAACCAGGGCCACUUCACCCCGCGCUUCGCGAGCACGAUGGAGCGCGUGCUCGCGCGCAGGAGGACAGGCGAGGAGGGGUGGCCCGAGGGGAUUGUCCUGCCCCCACUCGGCGCGCCGUUCGCCCUCAUCGACACGAUCACGGGCGGGAGCUCGGGCAUUGGCAAGGCCGCCGUCGACCUGUUCGUCGCGAACGGCGCGCGCGUGCUCGCCAUCGACCUCACCGAGCCGACCGAGCCAGAGGGGCCUUACAGCGAAGAGGUACACUUCGUCAAGGGCAGCGUGGUGCACGCCGAGACUUGGACCAUGGCGUUCGCCGCGUGUAAGAGCCAAUUCGGCGCGCACCCCGACGUGCUGGUCAACAAUGCCGGCGUGGCGCACCAUGCGCCGUUUGUCGACGUCACGGGGGACGACUGGGAGAGGGUGUAUGAUGUCAACCUGCGCGCGCCGCUGCACGGAAUGCAGGUGUUCAUUCGGGCGUGUCUGGCCGAGGAGCGUAAAGGCGCGAUUGUCAACAUCUCGAGUAUCGCAGGCAUCAACGGCUUCCCCUACUGCGCAGCCUAUGGUUCCUCCAAGGCCGCGCUCGCCAACCUCACCAAGACCGCCGCGGCAGAGUACGGCAGCAAGGGGAUCCGCGUGAACGCGAUUGCGCCGGGAUCGACUAACACGGCGCUAACGCGCAACCUCCCCCCGGCCGAGUACGCCGGCAUGCGCCAAAUGGUGGCCAUUACGCCGCUCGGGCGAAUCGGCGAGCCGGUCGACGUGGCGAAUGCGAUCGUGUACCUGGCUUCGGACGAGUCGGAUUACAUGACUGGCCAUGUGCUUGUGCUUGAUGGCGGGUUCACUGUGCUGUAGAACAGAUGCAGGCGUGACUUGGU